AGCUCAUGAAAAUCCCAGGAAGUCAAACAAUGCUUUAGUUCUGGUGAAGGAGGGGGAUGUCUGAUACAAGUCCCAAUGAAUUGCUUUAUAAUCUCUUCUCAGGCUGUUCAGAAGAUGUGGUUGAAUCUGCAGGGAGAUGUUUGAAUGUGAAAAUGAGGCUUGGGAAUAUCUGUUUGGCUUUACUCUCUUCAUUUGUUCAUGAUGCAUUUCCUUAGAUACUCAAAUCUUUCUCAGCUCUUUUCUUAAAGACGUAUUUGGAAGUAUCUUUCCUAAACAUAUACCCUUGAAUCUUGAGGAAUUAAGCUUUCCCUUUUAAUCUAGUCCAGAAGUUGGAUUUCAGUGAUCCUUCAGGGUCCCUUCCAGCUCAGGGUUUUCUAUGGUUAAUCCAAUGUACAUUGAUUUAACAUUGCUUUUAUUUUUAGGAUCAACUCAAAAGCUCAGGGCAACUGAUCUUCACCAGCCCUGAUGCUCUCAUCUGGGGUGGAGUCUGUCCCUGAUGCUUCUGUGUCUGCUGCAGUAGAGGAGCUGUACACUGGGCUGCCAGAGAGCAUCUCCAGGGAGCCCAUGGCAGUGCCAGGGCCCAGCCUUGGCGUGGGUGCGCAGUCUGAUGGGCCAGUGCCCCUGCUGGCACACAGGGAUGGGCCGUGGGCUUCUGCCAUUGGAAACUUCUGCCAGAAGACAGAGGACUUGGGUGAGGUGCUCCAGGUGAUUUCUCAUGGGCCAGCAGAAUCCUUUCCUGAAGAAUUGCUACAGGCUGGAGACCUUGCAGAGGAUGAAAAAAGCAGAAAAAGACACUUUAGGAAACUGGACUGUUCUAGAGAUGGUUACCAGAAAGAAGAUGAGGAGGCACAAGGAGCUGAGGACUAUCAUGCUGAAUGUUGCCCUUUAACUCUGGGGGAAAGUUGGUCAGAACAAGAGGACCCUCGCUUAAAAGAGCAAGAGGCCAAGUCUUUGAGAACCUAUUGCACUGAAACUGCAGGAUCUCUGAGGAACACAGAAGAAAACCAAGCAAAUGUUCAGGUGACAGCUGAAACUGUGCCAAAGCUCACUGCAGAAGUACAAGGUAUGAAGGCUGAUGGGACUAGGAUAUUUAGUAAAGCAGGAUACAGGAAUGACAGAGUGAGUAAAGGUCUUCCACCUGAGAGCAAGCAAUGCUCAGACACAGUCAUGGCCAGAGCUGGGGUGUCAGAAACCAGCAUCUUAGGUUUUUUAGAGCCUUUAAAAGUCAUGGACAUUGGAGCAGCUACAGAUCAUCCACAAAAAACAAGGGACUAUAGUGGGUCAAAAGCCCAUGCUGCCAUGCCAUUGAGAACAGGGGGAAAUGGUGUAUCUGUUUUGGAGGUUAGAGAAGAAAAGUUACCCAGACAAAAUCCUCUUAAUGAAUUCAGUACGUCAUUUGCUAAUUGCCAGACUUGUCAGCAGGAUGAAGAAAAUUAUGCUUAUGACUUCUUUAAGGGUCCUGUACCUGAACAAAAUGAACCUCAUGAGUUGUUCUCAGCAGAAAGCUGUAGAACACUCUCCACACAAAGUUCUGAAGUUUUAUGUCCCGUUCUGAAAAGCAUCAGUUAUCUGGACUUUGGAAGUGUGCCACCACAAAGCAGUUCUGCAGGUCACAGAAUUAUCAGUGAAAGCCCCCAGAAGUACCUUCCCCAAAACGUCAAACAUCACACUCUUUAUGAUCAUGGAACUGGGUUUUUAGAAAACCAAUCCUCCACAUCUCUACCAGUAGAGCAGAUCUCAGUGGUAAGGAAAAAAGUAUUAUCUAGUGCAAAAACUGAUCCUAGGGAAUUAAGUGCUGCUAUAGGAAAAUCGUACAGCUCAGAAUCUGAAGAAGCUGCUGAAGUCUGGAGAAAAAUUGCUGUGGGAGAUAACGUUGAAAUUUGUAGCUGGCCUGAAGCUCAAAAGGCUGCCAAUUCUGAGCAGUGUCAUUCUUCAGUUUUUAGUUCUGUUGCUUCAUCUCCUGAGGAGUUCUCAAAAGAAAAAUUUAAAAUAUUCCCAUCAGAAGGUGAUAAGCUGAAAAAGGACCAAUGGCAGUUCUCUGUCAGUGACCCAUGCAAGAAGGAUAUACAAGAAAACAGUUUGUGGGUGGAAACAGGUAACAUUGCUUCCCAUGAAACUGGGCAGAGAGAGACAUGCUUUUGUAGUACUGGCAAUAAAAUCCCUCCUCUCAGUAACCACAGCUGUCUUCAUCUUAGUACCAAGCUAGAAAAAGACUCACCCAAGGCACAACUGCUUGAAAAUGAAUCUGAGAGCAAUACAACAUCAGAAGAGUUGGCUGGUGGUUCAGUUGGAGCUGCAGAAGCUGAUAGUAAUGACAGCUUAUCCCCUGGGAAGAAAACAAAUUUGUUUUAUACACUAAAUGUAACUCUACCUCCUGUUUUACAAAAAUCAAGAGAACCUCAUUAUAAUGAGUGUCUUCCUUGUAUUAACAAUGAAGUUUCAUGCAGGGGCAAGGCUUGGGAUAAUUGGUCUAGAAAAGAAUUAAUUGGUGCUUCUGGAACAACAGCAGAACAAGUUGCUGAGGUUUUGCUUCAUAAAAACAAAUUCAAGUCUUCUGUAAAUUCCAUGACUUUUGAUAACCCUAAUACAGCAAGCAGAGUAUCCCAAAUGAAUAUAAAAUCUUCUGCAGGAAAUAUGGAGAGAGUGAUCACUGGUUUAGAAAAUGAACCUUGUGACACAUGGCUUUGUAAUGGUAAGAGGAUAAAAAAACAGUGUACAGCUGCCAGUACUUCCUGUGUUUUAUUGGGGAGUACACAUGUGGAUGAAGUUUUCCUGAACAGUCAUUCUUUUGGUCUUGAAGUUGAUAAGAUUGAAGAAAAUGAUAAUUUGGAAGGAGUGUCUUCAUCAGGAUAUAACAGUAAAGAGGCAAUCAUCUUUCCAGAAGCACACUCCUCUUUGGCACGUGGAUCUCUUCUUUGUGAAGAUGACUGGGGCAACAGAGGUAUAGCUCUGCAUGGGACAAAUGAUAUUCCCACAGGAAAAACCAUGUUUUGCUCAGCAUAUGCUGCAGAGAAAUCUACUGCUACCUUGGCAAGAGAUGAGGUUUCAAAUAAGAAUAUGGAGGUUGUGGAACAAUUUGAUCUUUGUAAAGUAAAGGGCAGUGAAAUUGUUUGUGACAGAGAUGAGGCAAAAGAACACAUUGGCACGUGUGCUUCCCAGAGAGAUGAAUUUGAUGAAACAAGAGCUGUGGAUUCCCCAAAUGCUCCUGAAGGCAAUAAGAGAAAUAGGGCUAGUGAACAGCUAUUAGUCAGGCACUUGAACAAAAACACCCAUGCUCAUAAUUUUGGAUUUUACAACUCUCUGUUAGGCCCAUGGAAGAGAGAACUCGACACACAUGAGCAGGAAGAAAUGCCAUUGCUCACAGCUGAUCCCUCCGAGUGCAGCGCUUCAACCUGUGACCCACAGCCAGCACUCAACAACCUGAACGUUCCAACACAACGUGCUGGCCAAACAGAGCAGACCCUUUGCCCACUGGGAAAUCAGUUCCAUCCAUGUCAGAGUGAGCCUGAUGUCCCAGUGCUGGGCAGUGAGCAACAUUUAGAAAGUUCAACCAACAAACCAAACACUGGCUCACAAACCAUAAGUUCUGUGGAAAGAGACAAAACUGAUCCUGAUCACAGUGAAGAGGUUCUGCUAAAAACAGGUGGUGAGCUGCCUCUGUUAGACCAUAAAUGUGCAAGAGAAACCAGGUUUAAAGGAGCUGUACAAGAGAAUGUAAUGGGUUUGAACUCUUUAAUUGGUGUGAAAAAUGAAGAUUCUUCAGGAUACAUGGACUCCGUAAGUGAUCUGAUUGAAGGGAAGACAAUCAGACUACAAGAACACGAGAACAGAUGUGAAAGAAACAAUAAAGGAGCUCUUGAAGAAAACUUUUCUGAUGACAAACUACAGUGCUCACAGCAGGCUCGUUUUAUCCAAUGUGCAAAAGAGGAAGCAGAGCUGGUGUUUGCAGGAAACAAAAUGCAGCAAUCUUUGCCAAAGAUAAAGUGGUUGGUGGAGAACCAGGAAAAUAAAAUUAGUGCUCUAUUUCUGCCCACUUCAUCAAUUCAUGGGAGUCUUUCUUACAAGCCAGAAAAUAUAAAUGUGCUUUCAGAUACAGAAAACAGAGAAAGUCUGAGUACAAAUCUUAUCUUGAAUAAUUCUCACCCACAGUUAACUAUUGAGCCUGGUAAAGAAACUGAUGCUCAAAAGGGUGUUGGUCCAUCUCAUUUUGGAAAGUUUGACAUCCAAGAAUCUUGUGUUGAGACUCAGGCAGAUUCAGAAACUGUGUCAGCUCUGAACUCUCACAUCUCUUUGCCUGAGGAAGAAAAGCUGUGUAUGUCACCUGAGAAUACACAAAGAGAUAAUUAUGAUUCAUCUUCAGCUGAAGUUUUUAGCAAAGAUACUUCAAUGACAAAAAUUCUUUCUGUCACAAUUUCCGUUAAGAAAAAAUCCAGCAAUAUUGAGGUUCCAUCUUCAGGGAAUGAAUCAGCAGCUGGCUCUCUGAAUGGUGCCAAAAGCUCAAGAGUUUGUGCCCACAGCAAAGAAAGUCUAACAGGUGAGGGGCUUUGCAUGCCAACCAUGAAAGACAUGGACAUGAGCUCACCAAAAAGUCCUCCUGGUCAAGAGAAGUUUAAGGCUACAGAUAAGCCAGAAAAUAUAAAUGUGCUUUCAGAUACAGAAAACAGAGAAAGUCUGAGUGUAAAUCCUAUCUCAAAUAACUCUUGCCUGCAGUUAACUUUUGAGCCUGGUAAAGAAACUGAUGAUCAAGGGGGUGUUCAUGCAUGCUAUUCUGAAAAGUUUGACAUCCAAGAAUCUUGUGUUGAGACUCAGGCAGAUUCAGAAACUGUGUCAGCUCUGAACUCUCACAUCUCUCUGCCUGAGAAAGAAAAGCUGUGUAUGUCACCUGAGAAUACACAAAGAGAUAAUUAUGAUUCAUCUUCAGCUGAAGUUUUUAGCAAAGAUACUUCAAUGACAAAAAUUCUUUCUGUCACAAUUUCCGUUAAGAAAAAAUCCAGCAAUAUUGAGGUUCCAUCUUCAGGGAAUGAAUCAGCAGCUGGCUCUCUGAAUGGUGCCAAAAGCUCAAGAGUUUGUGCCCACAGCAAAGAAAGUCUAACAGGUGAGGGGCUUUGCAUGCCAACCAUGAAAGACAUGGACAUGAGCUCACCAAAAAGUCCUCCUGGUCAAGAGAAGUUUAAGGCUACAGAUAAGCCAGAAAAUAUAAAUGUGCUUUCAGAUACAGAAAACAGAGAAAGUCUGAGUGUAAAUCCUAUCUCAAAUAACUCUUGCCUGCAGUUAACUUUUGAGCCUGGUAAAGAAACUGAUGAUCAAGGGGGUGUUCAUGCAUCCUAUUCUGAAAAGUUUGACAUCCAAGAAACCUCCAGUAAGACUUGGGCAGAUUCAGAAACUGUAUCAGCUCUGAACUCUCACAUCUCUCUGCCUGAGAAAGAAAAGCUGUGUAUGUCACCUGAGAAUACACAAAGAGAUAUUUCAUCUGCAGACAAAAAAUUCAGCAAAGAUACUUCAAUGACAAAAAUUCUUUCUGUCACAAUUUCCGUUAAGAAAAAAUCCAGCAAUAUUGAGGUUCCAUCUUCAGGGAAUGAAUCAGCAGCUGGCUCUCUGAAUGGUGCCAAAAGCUCAAGAGUUUGUACCCACAGCAAAGAAAGUCUGAAAGGUGAAGGGCUUUGCACACCAACCACGGAAGUCAUGGACAUCAGCUCACCAAAAAGUCCUCCUGGUGAAGAGAAAUUUAAGAAUACCUGUGUAGAAGAGAUGAUAGGAAAAGAGGUACCCCCUAGAGGAAGGUUGCCCAAACACUGUCCAUGGGCCUUGUUGGAAGAUUCUAAAGAGUCUGGUAGCAAAAUAGUCCCCCUCAGGACUGAGAAUUAUAGAAAGGUUUUGGAAGAAAUCCCAAGAUCCAAACUAAAUAAUCUUUCAAAAAAAAGACAAAAUAAUACAAAGCUCCCAAACUUAGCAGGUACCAGUGUACUUUCAGAAACUGUGCAUGAUUGUGAGCCUGGAGCUGUAUCUGACACAGAGGCUGCCCCAGAAGUGCAGGAUGAUACAACGCCCACAUUUUCUCCACCUCUGAGCACACUAUCAGACAGUUGCAAAGGACCAUCCCCAAACUGUGUGGUUUGCAGUGAAGUGUGUGUGCCUUACAAAUUAAAUGCGUGGAGCAAAGAUAAUGUAAAGGAAGUAACAGAAGGUCAGGACAAAAUACCAGCUCGUGCAGUUUGCAAGGAAAAUGGGGCUUUAUGUUCAGAGAGACUUGAUCAAAUAGAGGAACGUCAAGUAUUUAUACAAAAGAGGUAUGGAAAGAUGAAAGUACAUCAGUUGGGCAAGGCACAACAAGAACAGAAGUCAAAACACCAGGAGAAAGCAAAAAUCAUAUUGCAACCAAAUAUGUUGCACAGUUCUGAACUCUUAUGCAGCUCUUCAGCUGAGUUGAUGACAUCUGGAAAUACAAAGUUUGGAGGCGCUUCAGAGGAGAUUGUUGCUGUAAGAGGCAGUGAAAUUAAACCAUGUAGCACUUUACAAGAAGUUAAAAGGCCAAAGAUUACCACAGAUUUUAUUAGUUCACAGUUUUUGAAGACUCAGGAUUCAGAAAUGGAAAGCCUGAACCUUAAUUUAGGGUAUGAUGGGAUCCCUGGUGCCUUUGGAACUACAAAUAAACGAAGAGGAACUACAAAUAAACUAAGAGGACCUCUUCCAUUAAAAAUACAACCUGGAAGGACAUGCAAAAAAGUUCCCACAUUGUAUCAGCUAAAAACCGUAAGAAAAAUAAAACAAAUGAAAAGUUCACCUGUCUCUGAGAUUCCCCUGGAAAUAUUCCCUAAACAGGAAAACCCACUUCUGGAAUCUUUGUACUUUCCAUGUAAACCACCGACAGUGGAAAAGGAAACAGCCAUGAGAUUUGCACAUAUGCCAAGGCAGAGGGCCAAGAGGUGCAGUUUGUUGAACAGCUUGAAAUUCAGAAAAUGUACCAAAGAACCGGCAUUAUUAUUGUUGAACAAGUUGUCUGCAAUGGCCAGCAAGCUCCUGGCCCCUGCCAAAAGCAGCCGUAACGUAGAACCUCUGCCAUAUUCUUCUGAAAUUCUUCCAGUGGGUGACAGGUACAGCCAAUGUAGAUCUAAAAAUCUCUUGGAAGCCUUUUCUUGCAUUAACAGGAACGUACACUCACGCUGGGCUGACAGCUGGUGCACCAAGAUGUUCAGCUUUCAGCCUUUGGCACUUUAUCCUAUAGAAACUACCAAAAUACUUUCUUCAGACUUAAGCCACAAGCCUCCAGCCUCUUUCUUGGACACCUCGGUUUUCCCAAUUUCUUUUCACAUAAAAUUGGACUCCAGUCCUGUGACAGACCUCAGAGGGAUUACAUCCCAGCACUCUGUACAUCACAGCCCAGUUUUCAGAGAAACUCCAGCACCAGCUUCAAAGUGGACUUUAUCUUUUCUCCUGUCUCAGAGCUGUUCAGGUACAACAGCUUUCCAGGAAGAUUCCUGUGUAAAUAAUGAGCUUCAUUCCUCACACUCCACAACAACCCGCAGGACUGUUGCUGUUCAUCCCGACCCUGGAAGAAACACUGUAGCUGGAAGAAGAGGAGGAGGCUGUUCCACGCUUGGCCUUCACACGGUGUUAGCACUUUCUUCCCCUGGAUGUUACAGGAUUUGGACACGAAGAAGAAACUUAACCAGUCAUAUUCCUACCAUCCAGAGACUGUUUAUGUCGCAGCUGGCGCAGGGUUUGAAAGGGGCCAGGCUCCCGAGGUGCGUGUCCCACGAGCUCGUCUCCUCGUUGCCGUACUCUCUGGGCAGGGUGUUGUCCAUAUGGAGUCAGCACGGUCCUGCUGCCCGUCCUGACAUCACUCCUCUCCAUUCCACUCACUGCAAGUGGCAGCCAAGUGUGGGCAUCGAGAACAGCUGUGCCAUGUUACCACACUCACCUGUCCAGAGUAUGGGAGCACUGCAGAGCACAGGCCAUGCGAUACGUCUGGAAACUUCAUUCCCUCCUCCAUCCCCAAAGCCUCGCGCCCUUCCAGAGUCACCCCCCAGGCUUUCAGCAUCUGAGCUCCAGAUCCCUGCCCUUGAUGAAGCAGAUGCUUCUGUUCCAGCCUGUCUGAGAUCCCAAGAUGACACAGAACUGAAAAAAAUUGAGCCAGAAAAGAGGCCAAAGAAAGUCUCACAGAUCAGAAUCAGGAAAACUGUUCCCAAGCCAGACCCUAACCUUACUCCAAUGGGACUACCCAAACCAAAAAGGCUUAAGAAGAAAGAAUUUAGUUUAGAAGAAAUUUACACAAAUAAGAACUAUAAGUCCCCUCCUCCUGCCAGGAGCUUGGAAACAAUCUUUGAGGAGCCCAAGGAGAAGAAUGGACACUUGAUCUCUGUCAGCCAGCAAAAGAGAAAGCGGAUUUUAGAGUUUCAGGACUUCACUCUUCCCCGGAAAAGGAAGACACGAGGCAAAAUCAAAGCAGUGGGUAGUUUCACCCGAGCAAAAAGAGCUGCACUGCAGAGUGCAGAGUUAGAUGUUCUUCUGAGUCAGAAGCUCAUGGACCUUGAAGCCUUUUUUGCAGAGGAGGUUGAGCAGGAGCAGGCCUCCAGCAUCUGAGGGAGUCACUUAGCUGGGAAGGGUCCAGUCAGCUUCUUUAGUAUUUUUUUGGGACAAUUCUACUGACUUCUUCAUACCUUACUCUGCCACUCUGUUCUAACAUCUGAUAAUCAGUUUUUGGCUGUGACCCUCUUUAAGGUGCUAUAUUUUUUUUUAAAUGCUGUUGGAGGGAUUCUUCUAAGUCCCUGUUUGAGUGUAACACAGCCACAUGAAAUUUACCCUUCUUUUCUCAACCUCUGGAAAUUACUGCUUAUAUUUAAUUAAUUAUGUUUGUAUAUCUUUUGGGGGUAGAGUAGGAGUGUCAAGGAGGAAGUAGUGCACCUUCAGUGAUGCUAGAACUCUGUACUCCAGAUCAUUUGCACAUUUGAGUCUGCUGUUGUUACUGUAAUGGCUAUUUUUAACAAGCUGACAAAAGAGAUAUGGUGUUUGAUAAAGAAGAAUUCUAGCAAACACCUUCUUGAUAUACCACUAACCUUUUGAUAAUUAAAAGUAUCUGUCUAGGUUUAUAUUCAAUUGUUUCUUCCUUCUGUUAACUUAGAAGGUUCCUUCUAAGUUUCUUUGCCCUUCCAGGCUCCAGGCAGCAGAAGCCCCACAUAAUUAGACAUUAAAUAACUUGCACUUUGUACAUGCUUCUUUUAACAUGAUUCAACUCAAAAAAGGUGGUGUUUUAAGGAAAAAUGGUGCCCAGUACUAUUGUUUCCCAAGUAGGAGAUUUUUUUACUUACUUGGCUGAUGCCAGCUUCUCCAGAGGAAAAGGUAAUUGGUCCCUGAGGGUGCUAAGCUGCAGGAUACAUAGGCAGAGAUUUUUACUUAACUGAGCUGAGCUGCUGCUUGCGGGGAAGACCAGCAAAAUUUUUGAUACUUGUUUUAAAGUUAUUUUAAUUCCAUUCAAACUAACUUGAUUUUAAUGUCAAGAAGAAGGUGUGGGGUUUUUUUACCAUUUUAGAUUGACAGUUCCUGUAGCUCAUAAUUAGCUAUUCUCUGUAUAGCACUGUUGUGCAAAAUAGCCAGUGCUGUACAAAGAGCCUCUUUGAGUAUGUGGGCAUUGUUUUGGUUAUGAAAGGCCAUAUGUAAUUAUCUGAUGCAGCACUGGGCAAUUUCUCAGCUCUACCUUUGGAAGGAAGAGAGCUCCCUUCUGGCAUAACUUCUGUUAAACUUAACUUGAAGCAUAAUUCCAGUGCUAGCUGCUGUUCAGGUAAUUUCUGUCCCUUAGUGCCUAGAGAAGUUAUUCAGGCAAAGCUGUUGUUGCUGGGAUGCUCAAAUUUAAUUAGUCUGUUCUUUCUUUCACUUAUCACUUGAACUUGCACUUUCUUAUUUAUCUACCCAUAUAAUAGAGUUUCUAUUUACCUUCAAAUUGAGCAAAUCUAGUGGGUGGGUAAUUUUUAUAAAGUCCCAAUAAAUGCAGGACUGCAAAUACCAUCAUUAUCUUCUGUUGCUCUACCACUUCUGUUACUGACCAAACAGAAAACUAAAUGUUAACAAGCAAUCUGUUGAAUUGCAGAGCUUUGAGAGUAGAGAAAUGGAAGAGAAUUAUUACACUGUGUGUGCCUGAGUCUUGAAAGAAAUCUGAUCUGGGUUUGUUUUGCUCCCAGCUUGUGCUGGGAUUUGUAGAAGUUUAUAUUCUUGUUUUGAAGGCUAAUUAUCUUUAAUCAGGAAGACUGAAGAAAAGAGAGGAGUGCACACUUAGAGUAGUAGUGUUUGGAGUUUGAGGGUAAAACAAGACAAACCUUGAACAUAUUGACAUAGUAUUUUUCUGGUUAACUUACUGGGCUGUUAUAGAACAUUCUAAUUGAUCCUCUUUAUUUUUGUAAAAAGAAAUUCCUAAAAAACAAAGAUCAACUGCCUCUUAAGAAAUGUUUGAAAGUUUCCCUAGGUUGGCUUAUUAGCCCAAUUAUUGACUAGUUGGCAGCGGUAGCAAGAGUGAGAGAUAUAUUUUUAUGGAUUUAUGCUAUAGAAUGGGAUUGUUACAGAGCAUUCUUUCACUUCUAUUCAUAUGGGAGGCUUCCAGUGAUACAAUUAAGCUGUAAACUUACUGGGCCUUUCAAGGAAAUAAAGAUUGGGGUGGGGGGGAGAAGAGACUUGGAUCCAGGACAAGUUCAGUCUCUAAUGUGCUUCAAAAGAUAAAACGUGUUGAGUCUUUUCCUUUGGGUUAUGUUGGGGUUUAUUUGUUUUGUUUAGGGUUUUUUUUUUAAAUUUUCUUCCCUGCUCUCUCGUUUCUGAUUGCAUUAAAAUAAGAUUUAUGAACUUCUUUUCCUACAAGCUACAGCGGAGAGAGCAGAGCACAGACAACACUCAAAUACUCUUUGGUUUACAGAAAUUGGAGGAGUUACAAAAUGAUGUUGCAGUUGUUUAGCUUCUCCCAGACCUUAGUUUGUGGAAACCCAAACACACAGCAUUAUUCUCUUUGGUUUAGUGUUUGUAUGACAAUGUAAGCUAGUGGACACCAAGCAUCUCUUCCCCUCUCCAGCAUACAGGUGUCAGUCCUGCUUAUGCACUUUGUUGUUUUUUUCCUUUCCCACCUCUGUUUCUGUUUACAGCACUCAUGGAACAGCCAUGUUCCUUGUGGCUGCUGCUUCUACACUGGGAGUGAUGACUGGGCAAAAGCUGGGCAUUUGCCAUUCUGAGCUGCUUCUGUCACAGCUAAUUAAAAUUAAAAAGUGUAGAGGAUUCAUCUUUUGGGGUCUUGCAUACAUCCCUAGCAGAAGGAUAUGUACACUUGCCUUUUCAUUAAGUGGAUCCACUCCAGUGAGGAUGUUUUUAUAUCACUAUGGAAAGUCAUCACAGACUGAUGACCAGAACAGCUUGAGAAGGAUUGCAAAGCUUUUGCCAUGUCCUGUCUCUUAGUAGAGCCAAGCAGCUCUUUGCUAAAUUUGCUGAUUGUCAGAGAUAGAAGGAUCAUUAAAAAAAAAAAAAAGAAGAAGAAGAAAAAAGUCAUUGUUUUCAUCAUGCUAUGACUGGAGCAGCUAAGGCUCCUUAGUGUAUGGUACAGCAUUUGCCUGGCUGGCUUGUGUCUGCAUACAUUUGAGUUCUGGUGCUUGCUGGAAAUGAUGUCCUGCAAGCAGUUCUCACUCCUUGUAUUUUAUUUCAGGUGGGCGUUUGGUAUAUUAUGUUCCAGGUGCUUUUCUAGAAUAUGGAUAGUAACUGUGGAUUAAAAGUCUGUAUGAUGCUAUCAAGGUAACAAAUAGCUCAAUGAGAAUUUGUACAUUUGUGCCAUUAGCCUCCAUCAUGCUCUUGGCAUUUUGUUUCUGUUCAAUAUUGUGUGAAUCUAAAAUUUUACUGUUUCUUUUGUGUGUGUUUUUAAUUUAUGGAAAUAAAUUUUUCUGAGUACUUU